UCCCUAUCUCCCCAUCCCAAACCAUACCUUGCCUUGCUCCCCUCCCCCCAAGUACAGUUUAGUUUAGUGUUCUCAGUCCAGGCGAGGGCUGUUCCCGAUAAUUUUAAGACUUUCACCUCUAGGCCUUCAUGCAGACUCUAUCUUCCCGUGCGGCGCGAUCGUGCAGCGCAUCCAUUCCACGGCUGGAAUCCGCUGGAGUAGGUGCGGCUGCCAGAGCGCAGAUCUCGUCCAUUCCCGUCGCUGCGUGCACCCCCGCUCGCUCAUCCAUCCCAGCAUUGCGAUCAGCGCGACUACAUUCGCCACAUAAUGCCCUUAGAAGCGCAUCGUCGAUCCCAAGUAUAAGACAUGUAGCGUGCCCUGUCGCCGGUACUGCCCGUAAUUCCGUGUUCUCGAGUUCUCAUGGCUCCCGCGAUCCUACCCAGACCUCGUUCCGCGACUCGUUUCUUCCCCGCGAGCCGCUAUCCUGCCAAGGCCUGACAAGUCUCCUUCCCUCCUCGCGCUCGCAUGGCAGCCAUUCGUUCCGCGUGGCGAGCCCGUCGCGGCGGCGAGUUAGGGUUUCGGCGUCGUGGAAGUCCGGCAAGCCCAAGGUCAAGGGCAAGGCGGGCACGUCUAAGGGGGGGGCGGCGUGGCAGUCGGCGUACAGCCAGGCGUCGCGGAAGGGCAAGAGCGGCGAUCAAGCGCGGCGGAGACACCGCGGCCGGCGGGGAGGCAAAGGCCCGCAGGAGGGGGAUGGCACUGGUGACGGCGCGUUCGCGUACGGGCGGGGGGCGGGGGCAGGGGCAGGAGGCGGAGCCGGAGCAUCAGGGGCGGGUGACGUGUCGGCGUCGGCGUCGUUCGCGUUCUACCACGCGGGGCUGGGCGGCAUGCCCAUCGCCGCCGAGCUCGUCACCGCGCAGCUCGGCGCCAAGAGCGGCGGCGCCGAGGAGGCGCUGCAGUCGCCCGAGAACCUCGCCAUCCCCGUUAAAGACGUGCUCGAGGACGCGGAAGCCGCCGUCGCCGCCGUCGACAGUGUGUCAGCAAGCAGCGCGUUGCAGCUGCUGUCGGGCGCGUGCGUGCUGCCACAUCCCGACAAGGCGCACCGAGGGGGUGAGGACGCCUUCUUCAUCCUCGACGGCGCUGCUGUCGGCGUGGCGGACGGCGUGGGCGGGUGGGCGGAGAUAGGCGUGGACGCGGGGCUGUACGCGCGCGAGCUGAUGGCGCACGUGCAGAGCGCCGUGGCGGACGAGCCCAAGGGCGGCGCGGACCCCAUGCGCGUGCUGGAGAGGGCGCACCUCAACACCGUCAGCUAUGGGUCUUCUACUGCCUGCCUCGCCGUGCUGCAAGCUGACCAGCUGCAGGCGGCCAACCUGGGCGACAGCGGGUUUCUGAUCAUCCGCCAUGGCCACGCCAUCUUCAAGUCGCCCUCGCAGCAACACGACUUCAACUUCCCCUACCAGCUCGGCAGCGAAGGGGGCGACUCACCUCUUGCCGCCGAUGUGUACUCGCUGCCAGUAGCACCGGGCGACGUGGUGGUGAUGGGCACGGACGGGCUUUUUGACAACGUCUUCGACAGCGAGGUCUCGUCCCUAGUGGCGCACGCGCUGCUCAGGGGCCUUCCCCCGCAGGCCACUGCAGAGCACCUGGCCGCGCUCGCCAGGGACAGGGCGCUGGACCGCUUCCGCCUGUCGCCGUUUGCGCGCGCGGCGCAGGAGGCGGGGUACCGGUACAUCGGGGGCAAGCUGGACGACAUCACGGUGGUGGUGUCGUAUGUCACCGAGGGCAAGUAGAGGCGUGCCCGUGGCAUGUGUGGUGUGGAGCAGGGGGGAGAGUUGCGGAUGGGGGUUAGGAAGGGGGCCUGCAAUGCAGGCCAUGUUGAUGUAGGAAUAGUUAGUGGAUUCCUUGUGAAUAGGUGCCGUACUGUUGUGUCAGAGUGUUUGCUCGCAAACAAGGGAAUCUAUAAUCAGUCAGUUACUCUUGGCCUCGUUU